AUGGAGCGCACAAUCACCCGCAGUGGCCUCAGCAGGGUUGCUGUCGUCUGCCAGCACCCUGCCAAACGACGCGCCUUUCACACUACCCGUCGACAGCUGGCCACGCCCGCGGACCAAGACACCGGAGCCAUUCGUGCAGCGCGGCCCAUCCGCUUCGCCUCGGAUAAUAACCAAUUCGCUCGCACUYGUCCACAGGCACACUUCCUCCCCAAUCAGGAACGAUCGCAAUUCCGCCGUGAUGGAGGGGGUGGAGGUGGAAGGGACGGCGGCGAUCGAGAGUCCGCGGGCCGCCAGUUGCUCCGCCGGGUGCGCAUUGUACCAGAGUCGCCAUCGUACUUCACGGCCACUCCCAGAUAUGUCGACGACUUGCUGCUUCUCUCGUCCCUCCUCCGCAAGCAUCAGACCCUGCCCCGACUUCCACCAGGAGAGGCGCCGCGUGUCGCCUGGAAGACAAUUUCGCAGUACAAAGUGGAGGUGGCAGAGCCCGUACGAUCGAAAGGGUAUAAUAUGCUUCUUGCGGUGCUGAAGCGGUUGAACUACAUUCAUCCUUCCCUCAUUCCCGAGGAAGUGACGCAGGCGUUGGAGAAGUUCAAGAGGCUAGUACAGCCUCAUUUGAACCAGCCCAAGCCCAUCAUUGUGGAUGCGAGUGGUCGAGCACGUGCGGUUGGAAGGAGAAAGUCUAGCCACGCGGCUGUCUUUGUGGUCGAGGGAGAAGGCGAGUGCUUGAUCAAUGGACGAUCAUUGACAGACUACUUUGGUCGCAUGCACGAUAGGGAGAGCGCCGUGUGGGCAUUAAAGGCUACACAGCGGUUGGACAAGUACAAUGUCUGGGCAAUGGUCAAGGGUGGUGGUACAACAGGCCAGGCAGAAGCAAUCACUCUGGGCGUUGCGAGGGCCUUGAUGGCCCAUGAGCCGGACCUGAGGCCCGCUCUCAGGAGAGCUGGCUGUCUCACUCGUGAUCCACGAAAGGUGGAGAGGAAGAAGCCUGGCAAGCUCAAGGCCCGUAAGAUGCCUGCUUGGGUCAAGCGUUAA